UACAUCGGUUGCUACACCGACAACAACUACCGCGUGCUACGAGAUGGCUUCAAGAAAGACGACAACAUGACGCGCGAUAUGUGCGCGGCAUUCUGCAAGGGCCGCAAGUACUACGGUGUACAGUACUCGGUUGAAUGCUUCUGUGGCGAUUCGUUCAUGACUGCGACGGAAAACGUGCCAGAGAAUAAGUGCAAUAUGAAGUGUGGUGGAGGUACCCUGAAUUGUGGAGGGUCGCAUAAGAUGAAUAUCUUUGAGAAGGUGUAUUAG